AUGCCGUCUUCAUCUAAAAAUCGUGGCUCGCUUCGGUCGCGUAUCUCUGGUUCGUCGUCCCAGAAAGAUUCAUCGAAGCGUAGUACGGGAAGGAGCAAGGGCAAGAGUAAAGAGCAGCCCUCGAAUUCGACACUUCCAGUUCUUGACGGCCCUCUCCGUGACGUGCAGUUCAUUGAACAGGAGCACAGGAAGAACAUUGGUUCCCGUCCUGACAUAAAACCCGUGUUUGUAGAUAACCCAAAGUCUCCGGUUGCUAAUUUUGCCAGUAAUCACCUGGACAAGCAACCGGCUUAUGAAUCAGUUGAGGGUAUCGUUUCUGGAACAUCUCAGAAGAUAACCAGGGCGACCGUUACCCUCGAUACAACUCCUCCAUUGCUCGGUAUUGGCGACCAUAGAGUAAGGAGAGAUGCUGAGAGGCUCGCAGCGCUUUCAGCCCUCUAUCAACUCCAUGAUACAGGUCAGCUCGACAAGCCCAAGCCUUCAGCAUCCUCGAGUUCUUCUGUUCCACAUGUUAUCGAGUUGAGCGAUGGUUCAGUCGUCGACUUCGAGCGCGCGCGAAACUUCAUGGACUACUACUGUCGCAGAUACGGAUUCGGAAAGCCGGACAUUGAGCUGGAAGAACAACGUCAGGGGCGCAUGAAGUCAACUUGGGAAGCCGUUAUGACUGUGGGUGACAAAAAGAUCGGCAUGGGCUCCGGCGCAACCAAGAAAGCAGCCCAAAUACAAUGCUACUUGGAUGUCGCGCAGUAUCUGCAACAAUGUGAUCCCGAUCUAUGGAAGACUUUUGUGGAGGCGUCCAAAACUGGAAAGGACCUUGGUCUUGCCCCAAAGGUUUACUUCCAAAUUAGCACACAACUCGAGGAUGAGAUACGCAUGCUAAGCCGUGAUAUCAAAAAGAGCACUCUAUACCGGAACAGACCUGCUAUUGGGUCCGGCUUGAUGGGCUCAAACACUCUGAGAUCUCAACCUGUCCCCGUUCCUGCCCCACGACCAUCCUAUGCCCGUAGGCUUCCUCGGAAUUUCUUCGCCCAGAGGUCGGAAGAACUCAAGGAACGGAGAAAAGCAUACCUCACAAAUCCAGCGAUGGAAAAGAUGCGGAACACCAGAGCUGCGUUGCCCAUCUACACCCGAUCGGAGGAGCUUGUGUCGCACAUCCGUGAGAACGAUGUCACGAUUUGCAUGGCUGCCACGGGUUCAGGCAAAACCACGCAGAUACCGCAACUACUCCUGGAUGACUAUAUUGACAAGGGUGAGGGCGCUCGCUGCAACUUGAUUUGCACUCAGCCACGUCGGUUGGCUGCACUCAGUGUAGCUGACCGUGUCGCCAAGGAGAGAGGGGAAGUUGUCGGUGAAGGGUCAAUUGGCUACAGCGUCCGUUUCGAGUCGAAGUUGCCGGAAGAGCAUGGCUCCGUUACUUUCUGCACCACGGGAGUGUUGCUCAAAAAACUCCAAUCUGCAAUGGUUGAAGGCGGGCUACCGGCUGCCAGGAUGGACGAAGUGACACACAUCGUUGUUGAUGAAGUCCACGAGCGGGAUGUUGAUACCGACCUCCUCCUUGUUGUUCUCAAGCGUCUCAUGGAUGAUCGCAAGGCUCGAAACAUUCCUUUGAAGAUCGUCCUCAUGAGUGCCACUAUCGAUCCCACGCUGUUCCAAGAGUACUUCCCUGACGAGCGAGGCGAACCGGCAAAAGUAAUCGAGAUCCCAGGCCGCACGUUCCCCGUCACAAAACACUUCAUGGAGGACUUCAUUCCAGCGUUGAGAAACCAUCGCGCGCUAAACUGGGUGUUUGAAGACAAUUUGGUCUCUAAAUACCUCGCUCGUGAGGAAGCUUAUGUGCGGUCUUGUGGGCGUUCAAUGACAGUAGAAAACUCCCCCGUACUGAGCAAUGUGGACGAAGACUUGGAUUUACCAAGUCCUUUGGUCGCAGCUAGCAUUUCAUAUGUCUUGCAGCGGUCUGACUCCGGACAUGUAUUGGUUUUCCUGCCUGGCUGGGACGAGAUAUCUGCGGUUCAGAAGAUUCUUAUUGGUGGAAGUAUGGAUAUCAACUUCAACGAUCCCUCAAAGUACAGCAUUCACCUUCUCCACUCUACCAUUCCUCUGGCCGAACAACAAGUCAUCUUUGAGCCCCCUCCAGAGGGCGUUCGUAGAAUCAUUCUAGCUACUAAUAUUGCCGAGACCUCCAUCACGAUUCCCGACGUUGUUUAUGUCGUUGACGCUGCAAGGAUCAAGGAACAGCGAUACGAUCCUGACCGCCACAUGUCGUCUCUCAUCUCCGCCUGGGUUGGUUCUUCCAACUUGAACCAAAGAGCCGGGCGGGCGGGUAGACACAGGUCCGGAGAGUAUUUCGGCAUUCUCAGCAAGGCUCGCGCAGCCAACCUUCAUCCUCAUCCAACCGUGGAAAUGAAACGCGUCGACCUAAGCAAUGUCGUUAUGCACGUCAAGGCUCUCAGUUUCCCUGGGAUGGACAUUGAAGAAGUUCUCGCUGCCGCGAUUGAACCACCUGAGCCUGACCGCGUCGCCGCCGCCAUGAAGAACCUACAGAUGGUAGGUGCGCUGGAUCAAGGCAAGAACCUCACGUCGCUGGGGAAGGUCUUACUACAACUACCUGUGGAGGUUCAAAUGGGAAGGCUUGUCCUUUACGGAAGCUUUUUCCGGUGUCUCGACCAGGCCCUUACUCUCGCCGCCAUUCUGACCAAUCGGGAUCCGUUUUUCUCCCCUAUGCACCUCAAGGCCCAGGCUGCUGAUGCUAAGAACAGAUGGACGCCCCCCGGGUUCAGAUCAGACCCGCUUACCAUAUUGAACGCUUAUAAUGCGUGGCACGAGAUGCAACGCCGCGGCGAGUAUAUGUCUGCCAACCGCUUCUGUAACGACAAUUUCCUCUCGAAGCCAACGCUACUCUUGAUUACCAAGAUCCGGGGGCACUUAAUGCAGUCUCUGUACCAAGCAGGAGUCAUUGAUGUUUCUGCGGGUGGGAACGUCGCACCAAACGACCUUCGAAGUCGGGAGCUGACCGUACCCUCUGACCUGAACGUUAAUGGGAAAUCUCUUCCACUCCUAGCUGCCCUCAUAGCAAUAGCUUCCCAGCCAAAGUAUGCUAUCAGGACUGGCGAGAUGACUUACCGCACUCAGUUGGACAAGGCGACCUUUAUACAUCCAGGCAGCGUAAAUCAUCGCAGGCACGCUGUUGUGAAUGACCAGGCUAUGGAAAAGCAGCUUUACGCUUUUGCUGAAAAACGACGGAAUAUGUCGAUGGUCGGCUCCAGUCCUCAAACGUAUCUGAUUACCACGACCCGCCUGGACCCUAUGACCUACAUGCUCUUUGGCGCUUACGAGAUUCAAGUCACCGAACGGGGACUGGAAUGUGAUGGCUGGUUGCCAAUCGCCGGGAACUUUAAUGUAUUGGAUGAUAUCCAAAGUUUGAAGACCGCCAUGGAGUCUUGUAUGCUUCGAGUGUUUGAGGGUAUUGUGAUGGCACGACGCAAGAGGCGUCAACCAACUUCCCAGAUUUCGGUUGGUGAGGAGAGCGAGAGUGAGGAUGAAGACACACUCAACAAAGACUUCACCCUCUCUACCACAGAGAUCAAAGAACUAGAUUUUAUGACGACAGAUAUCGUACGGAUCCUCAACCGCUACAGCGACGAGCGUAUUGCAUAUCAACCCCAGUCCAGCUCUCGCACUGCGACUCCCAUGACUUCUCCCUCCACACGGUUCCCCUUUGAACCCAGGUCUGGGUACUCCUCUCCAUAUGGUGCCGGGUCAUCGUACAAUUCAAGGUCCGGUACACCUAACCAUCGUCUGUCUAGUUCACGUAGAUUUUAG